AUGAAGGUAAGUGGUUUUAACUUUUCAUCUGAACAAUCCACAAUCUCUGGUCCUUUUUCAAGUGGAAAUAAAAAGAUACCACCUGAACCCUUCACAAUUGUCCAUUGUAAAGUGGCAUCAUCAGCUGCAUUGACUAGUAGCACCAACGUAGACAUGGAAAAUCUCACACUACCCACAGAUCCGUGCACUUCUAAACCACCCACCGAAUGUCCAACUGUUACAGGGAACAACGAUAUGACCAGCGUCUUAAACCCGGACAUUAUGUCUUCGCCUAAUGCAAUAACGGUUAUUGCAAGUAAAGUGGUUAUAUCAGAUAUAUUACCUAGUAACAACAACGAAGACUUGAAAAACACCACACAACCCACAGACCCUCGUACUUACAGUGCUUUAAAAAAGGAUGUUGUCCAAACGACUGAUGUAACAAUGCUUCCACCGAGCACUAUGAACACUCCAUUUGAAGUUGACAAACAAGAAAGUGCUGCAAUGGAAAAUAUUGAUGAUCCUUCAUCGGCUAAUGUUACAACGUUCACAGAGCAACAAAUCGAUUUGCCAAACACGGAAACACAAAUGAGCCAAACACUGGCGGAUCCAUUGCUGGCUUUUAUGGAGACACAGCACACAUUAUUCGAAGCCAAUGAUGCAGAGAAUUCCAACGAUAGUGUUAUGCUGGUCCUUCCCAAUGUCACAAUAAAACAGGAAAAUGUCAGUGAAAAGUUGUUGAGAAACAUUCAAUUUGAACUUGAUGAAAACGAUAAUAUGACUUGCUCCCGCCUCAGUGAAGAGGUGGUCGAUCUUGAUCAGAGCAGUACUUCAACAGCAAAUGACGAAGAUGAAGCCUUGCCCCCCUCUCAGAUCGAUUUUGACAUCGGCAUGAUCUGCCUUUCGAACAGUGAGACCAUGGCCGAACUUGAGAAGAACGUUAAAUUAAAUACAUUUGCUGAAAAUGAAGCCUUAGCCGCCUGUCAAAUAGAUUUUGGCAAUGAAACGGUUGCAUCACCUUCCCCUUUGCAAGAAACCCAGAAUCCCAUGCCACUUAGUGCAGAUCUAUUGAGUAGUGGCAAUAGCAGUUCUAUUUUAAAUCUUGCACAGCGUUUACCCAGUUUGUGUGAUUCAAACGAAACGUUAAGUCAAAGUCAACAAAGCCAGCCUACCGUAGACGCUGUACAAUUUAUACAAUCACUUAAUGUCAAUGUGGCAAGCAGUGAUAGUCAGUCAUCGUCAGUGCAAGCUACGCCAGAAAAUAAGCAGCCAUCAUCAUCAUCACCUAAGGAAAGGGUGACUAUCUUGGAAGAAGGUAAAGAAGAUUCGUAUAUACCUAAUGCCCAACGUUUACCCAGCAUUUUGGAAGCAACCAUACCGAAGGCUUCUAUAAAACCUAUUCAAAUAUCUAAGGCUGCAAAUAAACAAAGGCCCAAAAAGACUCUGGCUUCCUUGGAUAAGCAAAAAAAGCAAACGAAAAAUACAAAAAUAGAUCAAGUGCCACAGUUGGUACACGCUCUACGUGCCCUUCCCAUUAAAGCGGUAAAUAGCAAUGCAGCCAUCGACACCGUUACACAUAAAGAGAGCCAGCCAAGUCCUGAAGAGACUUCAAAAUCUCAAGAACUUGUGAUUCCUGAUAUCCUUAAUGAGGGAGCCACAAAUUCUCAAACCGAGCAACCGCCGACUGAUAUUAGAGAAUCUCAAAUUUUAUUCCCAUCCUCAAGCUCCCAAGAAUUUGUGACUCCUGAUCUCUUCAAUCCAGAAACCACUUCUACACAAACGAAGCAACAGCAUGCAAAUGAAGCCGAACCUCAAGUUAUAUUCUCCCCUGUGGAUAAUCCUCAUGCUUUGCGUGUAUCCCAAGAACUCUCAAGCGACAAAACUCUUUUUAACAAUACCUCAUUGCUCAGGCUGGUGGAUCACAAUUACCAUAAAAAUUUUCAAAAUGCAGAGCAAACUGAUAAGGCACCCUCAGUUCCCAUUGCAACAGACACUCUUUCAAAGGUAACAAAUGAUAUUGCCACACAACAUGUUCCACUUCCUCAAACCAUGCCCAGGGUAAUAAGGAAAGAUUUUUUAUAUCGUUCUCUAUUAGAAUUGCAUUACUUUCAAAAUCUAACUUCUGCCAAUGUGGCAAAGUAUCAGCUGCCGACUGUCAACUAUGGUGAACCCUAUAUGGAAGCCACCAUAUUGUGUGGUGGAUUAAAGACAAAAAUUUCAAACCCUUCUCUAGUUUCAUUAUUUCCUCAGGCCCUGUCGUCUCCUUCAUCUUUGCACAAAGACAUUCUAACAAUACUCUGUGAUUUAAAAGAAUACCACUUCUCGGUAUUUCAAAGUUCCUCUUCUAGUACUACUGAUUUGCGCAUUGAGACUCUCAAUGCAUUUUUUCGCAAUGCUUCUCCCUUUUUUAGGGUCCAGCUACAAUAUGAGGAACAUAAUUCGGAAUUUUCGUUGUGCAAGUCCAUGUGGAAAACAUGUAACUGUGCUUCGCAUUUAAAAAAACCCUUUCAACCCUUAACAAUGGCCCUUACGGCGAAUAUCUUAAAGAGAAUCAAGACUGUGAAAAAUGAUUUGAAAAAAUAACAUUAUCUGGAAAAAUAGCUGGAGCCAACGUCGUUGCCGGAAAUAGUGUUUGUAGGUAAGAAUGUCUCUAUUCUUAUAUAGUAAUGGCAGUGAUGUUUUGUACAACUCUUUUUUUUUAUAACGUGAUAUUUGGAAUAUAUAAAAAAACUAUAAAAGCAUGUUGGCAAAUGCAAACGUUCCAUUAA